AUGACAUACAAGCAGAGGAACACGAACAAACUAGCCAUUGACCUCAUCACCCUAUCGAGGUUCAAUCGGUACAACCCACUACUCGCCACCUUUUCCGGAGUCUGGGCCACCAUCCUAGCCGGAUCCCACAAGAUCACCCACUCCCCGGACUCAGUCACAUCCGAAUAUGUCCUCAGUCAAGCCCUCCUCUGCUUCAUAUGCAGCUUCGUCUUCUGCGGUGCCGGAAUGGUCUGGAAUGACUGGAUAGACCUGCACAUCGACAGACAGGUAUCUCGAACAAAGAACCGUCCGCUUGCGAGAGGAGCCGUCACAACAUCAGAAGCACUGGUCUGGAUGGCAUUUCAAUUUAUAUCAAGCUGGGUGCUAGUUUCAUGGAUGCUAGAGGGAGAAAAUGUACAAGUCGCAAUGCUCCCCGUAACCCUCAGCACAAUCCUGUACCCCUUCGCCAAACGGCCCAUCUUCCGCCGCUUGCAUAUCUACCCGCAGUACCUCCUCGGAUUCACGCUCGCCUACCCCUCCCUAAUCGGCACGCUCGCAAUAAAGCCGGAAGGCAACUCACAGUCCCUCUCGGACUCUAUAAGCCAAAGUCUUCCUAUGUUUGUGACCGUCUUCACCUGGACACUCUACCUAAACACCGCAUACAGCUACCAAGACGUCGUCGACGACAAGAAGAUGAACGUAAACUCGGCCUAUGUCCUGGCUGGCUCUUAUAUCCAUUACUUGCUUAUGGUUCUUGCGGUGCUUGUUCUUGGGGCGGUGGGGUGGCAGUUAUAUGGCCAGGGGUCGCAUUGGCUUUGGGGUGGUUGGAUGGGGGUUUGGACGUGGUCGUUCUUGGGGCAGUUAGUUAGGUUUGAUAAGAGCAGACCGGAGAGUGGGGGGCCGUUACACAAAGAGAAUUUUGCGCUGGGAGUUUGGACGGUUUUUGUUUGUGUAGUUGAGUUGCUUAUUGGGGAAAAUGGCUGUUAGGAUUUAUCAAGUAGAUUGACAGCUGUGUUAGGGCUAGGUUUAAACUUUGGAGAGAUGCUGGUAGGUUGACAUUAUGUUGAAUCCGUUUGAUCAAACUCGAG